AUGGCAUCCUCCAAAUCAGAAUCAGCCACCUACACCCACGGCCACCACGCCUCAGUAGUCCGCUCUCAUAGCUGGCGCACCGCCCAAAACUCCCUCGCCUUCUUACUACCCCAUCUCAAGCCCGCCAUGAAAAUCCUCGACGUCGGCUGCGGACCCGGCACCAUCACCGUGGAUCUCGCCUCCCGCAUUCCCCAAGGCCACAUCACGGGCCUCGAGCGAGCAGGAAGCGUCCUGGUGGAGGCGCGCGCCAACGCCGCAAGGCAAGGCGUCUCGAAUGUCGACUUUGUCGAGGGCGAUGCAAACGCACUGGACUUUGCGGAUGAGAGCUUCGACCUGGUUUUUUGUCACCAGGUGCUUCAGCAUGUGGGCGAUCCCGUAGGCAUGUUGGCGGAAAUGAAGCGCGUGACGAAGAAGGGCGGCAUCGUGGCGGCGAGAGAGUCGGAUUAUGGCGUGUUUGUCUGGUAUCCGGAAUUACCGGGGCUGAAGCGCUGGCAGGAGUUGUAUGAUCGAGUUGCGAGACGGAAUGGCGGAGAGCCAAAUGCGGGUCGGACGCUGCAUGUGUGGGCGAGAAAGGCCGGUCUGACAAACGUCAAGUGUUCGUGUACCUCGUGGUGUUACGCGACGAGGGAGGAAGUCAAGUGGUGGAGUGAGACGUGGAUUGAGCGGUCGUUGUCCUCGUCCUUUGCAACGACGGCGGUGGACCAUGGAAUGGCACGGAAAGAGGAUCUGGAGGCCAUUUCGCAGGCUUGGAGGGAAUGGGGCCAAGACCAGGAUGCAUGGAUUUCUAUCCCCAGUGCCGAGAUCUUAUGUGUCAAGCAGUAG